CGUCUGAGAAACUUUUUGAAGGAUCAGGAUACCUCUUUCAAAGACCUCAGUCUCAUCAACAAUGCACAGAGCACAGGGACUACGGGUGUCCUCGCCCCGCGAUAUCUGCAUCUUUUGCGCCACUCGUCAACUUGCCGUUCCCAAUGCGGCUGCUUUCACCUCCUCGUUGACGCAGAGGAGGCAUAUCACAUCAUCCAACAAAGCCCCUCACCCUGACACAGAAGCACAAUUAUACAAGGAAGAGAGGCCUGCAGCGCGCCCAUUGACCCAGGCAGAGCGGCUGAGACAAUCGCUACUCUCACAGCAGCCCACGCUUCAGCGUACCCAGCAAUCCCGAGCGCCGCAUCAUAAUGCCAAUUCACAUCAGCAUAACAUUGCCAGGCGGACCUCACAACGUUCAACUCCCUUUACAAACAAUCGACCGGCCCGAAACCAGAGCAAUGAUAGAUUCGGUCAGCGUCCGAGGGACCACCAAGCGUCUCGCCAGAACUUCAAAGUGGAUAUGGGAUCCAGCCCUCCAAUUACCAAUUCCCCUCAGUUUGGCCAAGCUCCGCAUCUUAGACGGCGCAACGCUCCCUUAUCUAAGUCCGAGCCGAUAAACGCACCGCGUGCGAUACCGAAACAAACUUGGGAUCAGAGCGCAAUUGACGAAUUGCUGGGAAACAAUUCAUCCAAUAAUCAAAAGGUCGGAGCGCGAACUGCCCCUCGACUAAGUCGGGGCACGAAUUCUCGUGUGAAAUGCUUCACAUGUGGACAGGAAGGGCACACUAACCGGGAUUGUCCUAAUCAGCCAGUCGUCCGUCAAAACCAACCGCGUGCUGUCCAAGCCCCUAAGCCUGCACCAUCGUUGAGAGACGAGGCGGAGGCUUGGGCACGCAAGAACGAAACUCGCCAUGAGGAGUCGCAAAUGUCAGGUCCAGCAAUCCAAGAAGAUAAGAAAAACCAACGGAAUUCCGAAGCCAUGGAGCGAAGACGCCGUCGUUUUGCAAUUGAUGAAGCGGAACCGGAGGAGGCUCGCAAUCGAUACGAAGCGCCCCAGCGCCGCCAGCGAGGUGCUAAUACGCAGAGGUUCAACCGCGUGAUGCGGGACGAGGAGGAACUGAGCGAACGAGUCAUCAGCAAAUCCGACCGGAAACGGGAACGAAAAGAGGCGAAGAAGGCAGCACAAAUGGCCAAAGCCGAACCUACCCCUGUUUCCCUACCUGAGUUCAUCAGUGUCGCUAAUUUAGCAACGGUGCUGAAAUUACGUGUUGAGGAUUUCGUCCGCAAACUUGAAGAGCUAGGGUUCGAAGAGGUUCAGAACGACCAUAUUCUUAAUGCUGAGCAUGCAGGUCUCAUUGCGCAGGAGUAUAAUUUCGAACCGAUAUUCCAGGACGACGGCAAGGAUGGAGACAUCUACCCAGCAGAACCACUCUCGCCCGAGGAAUAUGCAGCGCUGCCUAACCGUCCUCCUGUCGUGACUAUUAUGGGCCACGUCGACCAUGGCAAGACUACGAUUCUGGAUUUCAUACGUAAAUCUAGCGUGGCCGCAGGAGAGUUUGGUGGUAUCACACAGCACAUUGGCGCUUUCAGCGUACCGCUUGCGUCUGGCAAGAAGAUUACCUUUUUGGACACACCAGGACACGCCGCGUUUGAGACCAUGCGCGCACGCGGUGCCAAUGUCACUGAUAUUGUGGUUCUUGUCGUUGCCGCCGAUGACUCCGUCAUGCCCCAGACCGUGGAAGCCAUCAAGCAUGCGCAGGCAGCUAAAGUGCCUAUCAUUGUGGCCAUCAACAAGAUCGACAGAGCUCAAGCAGAUCCUGACAAUGUGAAGCUUGACCUAGGACGGCAUGGUCUUGAAGUCGAGGAUUUCGGCGGUGAUAUUCAGACGGUGCUUGUCAGUGGCAAGACUGGCCAAGGUAUCGCAGACCUGGAAGAGGCCAUUACCACUCAAUCGGAAAUCCUGGAUCAUCGCGCAGAUCCUGUGGCGAAUGUGGAAGGCUGGGUUCUUGAAGGUACCACGAAGAAGAGUGGCAAGGUUGCAACCGUUCUCGUUCGCAAUGGAACCCUCCGGCCCGGACAGUGUCUAGUUGCGGGCAAAACAUGGACUCGCGUUCGAAGUCUCCGCAACGAGAAUGGCGCCAUGGUCCAGGAAGCUGGACCUGGAAUGCCUGUCGAGGUGGAUGGAUGGCGUGAGCAACCGAUCGCUGGCGACGAGGCUCUGCAGGCGCAGGAUGAUCACGAAGCAGCGGCCGUAGCAGAACUUCGCACGGAAAAGAUCGAGCGCGAGCAAAUGGCGAAGGACGUUGAAGCCAUCAACGAGUCCCGUCGUCUCGAAAGCGAGCGUCGAGAAGCCGAAGAAGCAGCCGCUCUGGCUGCAAAGAAUGGCGAGGCAGCUCCCGAAUCUAUCAAGAAGGAAAGCGGACCAGAGAUUGUAAACUUCAUCGUUAAAGCAGAUGUUUCUGGAUCGGCAGAGGCAGUCAUUGAUUCAAUUGUUGCUAUCGGAAACAACGAAGUUGGUACCCGCAUUCUCCGCCACGGUGUAGGAUCUCCCUCCGAAUUCGAUGUGCAACAUGCUGCGGAUGCAUCUGGCCAUAUUGUCAACUUUAACACCGUUGUUCCCCCAAGUAUCUCCUCCCUGGCUGCUUUGAAGGGCGUAAAGAUCUUGGACUCAAACAUCAUUUACAGAGUGGUUGAGAACGUCAAGGAACUUUUGAGCGAGAAGCUAGCUCCCAAGAUCACUCAGAAGGUCACUGGUGAGGUCGAAAUUGCCGCCAUCUUCGAGAUCGGCCUUGGAGGAAAGAAGACGGUGAAGGUUGCGGGUUCUAAGGUCAGAAAUGGCAUUGUGAAGAAGAAUACCAAGGCUAAGGUUCUGCGCGGCGAUGUUGUCGUAUUUGAUGGCAUCAUCAACUCGCUCAAGAGCCAGAAGAAAGAAGUCGACGAAAUGCGCAAGGACACCGAAUGUGGCAUCGGUUUCGAGAACUGGGAAGCAUUCAAGAUCGGCGACAAAAUCCAAUGCUACGACGAGACUAAAGAGAAGAGAACUUUGUAAGACUACGAUAUACCGAACGGGACUGUAAAAAUAGAACGGCGUUAUCAUGGGUGCAUAGAACGGCGCAGAUGCAUUGGCUAGAGUAGGGGGUCAUAGUUCUGUUCUUGUUCAGGAGGGACUCCCGUGGUGUAGACCAUUUAACUCCACUUUUCCACUCAGUCCACACUUGGGACUGUAUACACUUUCAAACAGUCACAUAGUCUUUUAUGACCAUAAUGUAUCAAUGUAUCAUAGGACACAGGAAAA